UUAAAAAAAAAAGUGCGAGGUAGCUAGAAAUGGGUCGCAAGUUGUUUUUUAUUCGUAAUCAAUGUGUUUCCAAUCAUUAUAUGUGAUUCCAAAAGCUAUACGUGUUGUUAAGAUAAUACUGUUCGGUACCGUCGAUGUUUAAUUGAAAAACAGUGGUUAUUUUAACGUGAUUACAUCUAUAGCUGUCGGACAAUGGCGUCGUCGCACGAAGCGAGAGUUACCCACGUAAAAGUUAGUGAAAAUCGCGAUUUCGUUGACGAUUACUGUGACUCCAGCAGCUUAGAAGAUGCCGGCGAAGGUGCUAAACGCCGUCGUACCGCGAACGACUGUAAAAAACUGUCACAACAGGGAUACGGGACAAGUAUGUCAACGGAUCCCAAACAUACAUCAAGUAUAGAAUCCAAAGGCAAAAAGCGCAAGAUCAGCGAGACAUCAAAGGAGCUAUGCAUCUGGGGAGAGAACGCUCGUCCAUCAAAACAAAGCAAGAUAUGGCCAGUCUUCGACUCCGGAGGGUACAACAACGCUGCUGUACUCAAACUCAAUGUCCUGAAGAAGUCUCCACCAGUGAAGAACCCACUCCUCUUCAGCACAAACCUUGGAGAAGACAUAGAACUGGCUGAAAUCAAUCGAGAUGCCUUCAAAUCUGAUUGGUAUGGAGGCCUCCACGCUUGGUGGAAGCAAACGCAAAUGACAAAUAAAAUGGCUGACGAUGACGUCACUAAGAAGAUAUUCUCAUCAGUUUCCCGCCAACUGAGGAUCAUAAACACCCACUUUCAGAGGUCCAUGUGCAAGUAUAAGUACCCUAGAGUGACUCGGCAGAAUGUACUUCUAGAAAGUUCCUCUGGUUUGAGAAGACCGGCUACCCAUUUCAAUCUAUCUAUGAAAGCUAUAAGGUUCCAGUCUAAUCCAAGGAGAGAGUUGCCUUGCUACGGUAAUUUGGAACUGCCGUUGAAGAUUAAGCAGGAAAAUGUGAAUCCUCAAAUAUUUCCUUCUAUAAGGAGUGUGAAAACUGAGACUGUUGGUGAUGUGAAAGUUAAAGUGGAGAGUGACAGGGUUAAGGUGGAGAAGGAGAGAGAUAGGGAGAAGGAUAAAGACCGAGAGAAGGACAGAUCCUCACACAGACACUCAUCAUCAUCAUCAUCGUCCUGCCACCACUGCCGGCGCCGUGCCCGCGUCAAGCGCUGCUCCAUAGGAGUGCAGUGUCGCCGCGACCGCGCCGGAGCACCCCUGCCCAGUGAUAGCUGGGGACCGCUCGCUGAUAACCCGACGGUCAAGGAGCUCAAGUAUCAUAGACUGAUGCGCGUGGAGACGCACCCGAACGGCGGCGCCCGCGUGCUGUACCUGCAGCAGCGCGACGUCGACAUGCUCAGCGCCACGCAGCAGGAGGCGCUCGCUAAGGAGUUUCUUAAGCUGGUAUUCUCAGAAGACAGCGAUGGCUGGGCACACUUCGUAUGCGGCGUGGUCCGCGGCGCCGCUGCCCGCUUCCCCUGCCUUCUGCAGUACCUGUCUGACACACAUCCGAACCUCACUGUGAAGGCCGGAGUCCUGGCCAGAGCGUCUGACAUCGAGACCACUACUGUUAGCCGGUAUUAUCAGCAGGUGCAACAAUCAUACGCAGCCGGCACCUUCCGCAGCGGCCCACUGCACCAGAUAUCCCUGGUGGGCACGGUGCAUGAGGAGGUGGGCGGAUACUUCCCUGAUAUGCUGGACAUGCUGGGCGCCUGUCCGUUUCUUAACAUGACAAUGCCAUGGGGUCCUAUGUCAGCGGUGGACAUGGAGCCCCAGGAGUCCAACGACGGGCCCAUCCUGUGGAUCCGGCCCGGGGAGCAGCUGGUACCCACUGCUGAGCUCGGCAAGAGCCCUAUUAAGAAGAGGAGGACCGGCAUCAACGAACUCCGCAACCUGCAAUACCUGCCGCGCUGGAGCGAGGCGCGGGAGUUCCUGUUCGAGGACCGCACCAGAGCUCAUGCCGACCACGUCGGACACGGCCUCGACAGGAUCACUACUGCUGCUGUCGGAGUACUAAAAGCGAUCCACUGCGGCGACGAGUCGGACCGCGGCCGCAUCACGAAGGACGUGGUGGCCUUCCACGCGGCUGACUUCAACAAGCUCGUGCAGCUGCUGCAACUGGAUCUGUAUGAACCGCCGAUUUCGCAGUGUGUUACUUGGCUAGAAGAAGCUAAACUGAACCAGCUGCGCCGCGAGGGUGUGCGGUACUCGCGCCUGCCGCUGUGCUCCGACGACAUCUACUUCCUGCCCAGGAAUAUUAUACAUCAGUUCAGGACGGUUUCCGCUGUUACUUCAGUUGCGUGGCAUUUACGCCUGAAGCAAUACUACCCGACCUCGGAAGCGUCGUCCCCGGCCGACGAGCGUCCCGCCGACCCCAUACCUGUUACCAUCAACCACACUACUGAGCCUAAGAAAUCAGCAAAACACAAGGCUGGCGUGAUAGAGAUGCGAGCACUCAGCGCCAAGUUCCACCAGAAAUUGAACCAGAAGACUCCUCUCAAAGUAUCGCAAAGCAGGAAGAGUGUAGAAACACCAGUCAAACCUACUGAUAAGAAGACAGACAAGUCUGACAAAUCAGAAUCAAAAUCAGACAAAACCGAAAUAAAAUCUGACAAACUAGAUUCCAAGUCCGAUAAACAAGAAGCCAAAUCUGACAGGUCAGAAGCUAAGUCUGAAAAGACAGAACCAAAGUCUGAUAAGUCAGAAUCCAGGUACGAUAAAUCAGAAGCCAGGGUUGAGAAAAAUGAAAUUAAACCAGAAAAGACUGUUCCGAAAACACCAGAAAAAGUUGAUGUCAAGUCUGAGAAAAUAGAGGUCAAAGAUAAAAAUGAUUCUAAGUCUGACAAAGUAGAGCCUAAACCUGACAGGACAGACAAGUCUGACAAAAUGGAUCCACCCAAGUCUGACAAAUCGGAAUACAAAUCUGAUAAAUACGAACAGAAGUUUGAAAAAACAGAGCUCAAGUAUGACAAUCCCGACAUGAGGCAUGACAGGUCUGACAGAAUGUCAGAACAGAAACCAGAGAAAACAGAAGUAAAAACUGAAAAAACAGACCCGAAAUGUGACAAAGCCGACCAAAAAUCCGACAAAGUGGAAACAAAGUCUGACAGGACAGAGAAAUUCGACAAGAACCACAGGCAUAAGGAUUCUGAUAAACAUCGCUCAGACCGGUCAGAGAAGUCAGAGACAAGGCAUGACAGAUCUGACAAGGAUAGAUCAUCGACUGACCAUCACCGCCGUCAUUCGUCAUCAUCACGGCACAAAUCAUCUCACCACAAGUCAGACCGGCCGAGAGACCAUAAAAAGGAACACAGGAGUUCUGACGAUAGAAGGAAUGACAAACACAGAGAUAGGUCUGACAACAGUAGAGAUAAGUCAGACAAGAUGGCCGUUGACGUUGGGAAGUUACCAGUAGAUGUGGUACAGAGACCACCGGAUUAGAAAAACUAUAGUUUAGAGUGGUUGUGUGAUUUCCUGAAGGAUUAUGAAUAAAAAGUACAUAAGUUGCUUUUAAACGAUCUUGAUCUUUUAUGAAUUGGUUCGGAGAUCUCAUCUAUUUUUUAUGUCUAAUUAGUGUGAUUGAUCAAGAUUCGAUAGAAAUUAUUGAUUAAUUUAUUGUAAACUAUCGUAUAAUGUAGUUGUUAUUUUGUUGCGUCAAAACUUUUACCGGGUAUUGGUAAUAUUAUAAAAUGCCUCGAUGCCUAUUGAUGCUGUCUCUUGACAAGUUAGGUAGUCAAAGAAUUUUGAAUUUGAUUUUCAAGUACAAAAUACAAGUUGGCGUUUUAUACUUAUUAACAACUCUGGAAUCUUGUCACAUGAAACAUAUAUUUGAAGGGGCCAAACAACAUGAGAUUGCGACACAAAUCACUGACUUGCACUUCAAUAUAUUAGAAAUUUCUAGAAAAAACUCUUGUCAAAAGAAAAAAACAAUAGUUCUGAGUCCUUCAUGAAAAAACACCAAACUUUUAGCGCUAGGUUACAAUGUAAAUAUAAUGUUUUAAGAUGCCUCUUAGAGGCUAAGCAGAGUCGGUUAAAGAAUGCAUGCGCAGUUUUAGAUUUAUUAUAUCCCGUUUUUUUUUUUUUAUUACGAACUUAUUUUGGAAUUGCCGUCUCAAUAAUACAGUUAUGUUGUCUGCGAAAAUUUCGUAAAUACACCCUUCAGUAAUCAAAUCCUUAAGUUAUACAUUUCAAAAUAUACUAAUAACUACAUAGUAUUGCCGUGGAAAGUAUCUGACUGUUUUUUUUUUUACUAUUCCAUUCAAAACUGCCACAUAUAUUUUAAUUUCUGACUACAAUCUUAGCAUUUAAUUAUCUCAGUUACUUCUAGUGAUAUAAUCCAAUCAUUCCCAGUGAAAAAAUAUUUCGAAAAUAAACUUUCUUUUGAUUUUCAAGGGAAAUCAUUAUUUAUAUUUAAAAAAUAAAGAAUUUGUAAAUAUACCUGCCAAAGUUUAAUUUCCAAAAAAUCUAAAACUGCGUCGCGUAUGUGAUUCGAGAUAGUUUUAAACGAAAACGUAAAUGAAAGAAUAAUAUUAAUAAAUUAAAUUAAUUUAAAGUUCUAAGUAAAUAUAAAUUUAUUCACACAUAUUUCUAAAAAUUGCACUAGAGAAGUAAAUUAUAUAUUAUUAUUCUGAUAGACUAAACUGUCUGACACCAAAAAAUUAUUGCACUGCGGUAUGUGGUAUUCUGACACAUAUUAAAAACGUUAUUUUUACAAUGGUAGGCGAAAUUUCUAUUUUAAAUGACCUGAUGAAUGAGGUCAUAAAAAGAUAAAUAAGUCUACUGCAAGGGUAGCAUUCAAUUACGGAGAUCAUUUGAAUACGUAUACCUAUUUACCCAGCUGCCAAGAAGUGUUAUUUAAAAUAAAUAUAUGAAAAAUCUACUCAGUAUCGCAUAUCGCAGGGGCAUGAAACAAUUUGGUGGUAGACAUUAUAUUUGAGGUUAUUUCUCAAAUAACUGAAUGAAUUCUAUUUUGGUAUGUUUCAUUAUGUGACCACUAAACUUCGAUAUUUUUCGACCGUAUUGAUUUAUUACAAGUAAAUUUCGUUUAAACGAUUAGAAAAAAUAAAUUUCCAUAAAAAAGCCAGAUUUCAAAUUUUUCCCGGGAUUAAAUAAUAUGUCCGAUUUUUUUUUUUCAUGUCAAAAAGUCCCGAUUUUGCCCUGAAUAAAAAUGAGGUGGUCACAUCAAUUUAACAAAGUCCAGUUUACAAUUUUAAAUGACAUAGUGUUGAGAUUUCGUUAUUAAAGUAUUUUCGCCUCCAUAGCUUCUUAUUUUAUUAUAUGAACGUUACAAUAACAUAAUAAAUAAGAUAUAUAUCUUUCUAUGUGGUGCGGACUAAGUAAUGUAUUUUGCAAACCAAUUUCAGGCUUUAUAUGCUGCUCAAAAUCUGUUGACUAAUAUGCAUUACAAAAAAGGUCUUGAGGCUUUGGUUUUGACGCAUUUUUCACUAAAGAGAAACUACAUUUACGACAAAUUUUCAUAAUAAUUACUCAAAGCCUAAAGUUGAUAACUAUUUUUCAUUAAAAUAUGUAGUUUACCUUAGUUCGCACCUCCAACCCGAAAAAAUACAGCAACAAAAAUAGUGACUUGUCCGUAAAAUGCCCUAAUUGUCUGUUACUUAGAUGAUGACAGUAUUAUUAAUGUUUAUAGCGAAUUCUAGACGAACUUAGCAGGCUUAUCCUAAGUUAGGAGAGCUAACAAACUUAUAUGUGACUUAUGACCCGAUUUUGCUUAUUUUGUGAAAGCGACACCUAUCGUUAUUUAUAAAAAGUGUAAUUCAAGAUGGCGUUGGAUUCUCCCGCGUAUUUUUGUUCUGAAUAGGUUAUUCCGAUUGCAAGUCUGUUUUGAAAUGAAUCAAAAUUAUUAUUAUUCAGAAAGUUUACUAAACACUAUUGUAGGCACUGUUGUUUUGGACCGACAACAUGUAACUAGCGAUCGGAAAUUUUCUCUUUAGCUUACAAUCAUAAGAUCGGAUAUGAAAUCAAGUUCCUGAAGUGAAAACUUGUACAUACGCAAAUAUUAGACAUUUUAAAUAAAACUACUUUUACGGAAUUUAUUGCGGUUACAUUAAUAUUAUUAAAUCCCUACGUUUCGGAUCCUUUUCAGCAUGCGGGUAGUUUUUUUAAACAUAAGAACGUCUGUAAGCUUUAAAUAUUAUUCAUUAAAUAUUGUGGUUAGUAAACUUUCUGAAUCCAGAACGAAGUUUUACCAAUUAAAAUUGGAAAAUAAGAAACGAUGUAAAUACCACGUCAGAUAUCAAAGGACUUACAUUAUAUUUUGCGCAAACUUUUAUUUCGUAUAGUUGGUUUUUUUUUAUUAAGAAAAGAAAAUAAGAAAAGUUUUGUUUAUUUCAGUUGGCCCAGCUUGUUCGCGAUCGAAUGUACAUUUUGUAUAUUUUAUACUGCAUAGGUUAAGUGUUACGGAUUCUUUUAUGUCUAAGUUUACUUAUGGAAAAUUUACUCUUUUUAUUAUUAAGAAAAGUCAAUUAAUUGACUUCCUGCAUAAUGAGAAUCUUUUUGGGGGACAUGGAAGAAUUGUAAGCUAUUAAUUUUGGAAUCUUUUUCAUAAUAAAUUGUACUUUUAAAUGUAUAUUUUCCAUAAGUAGACAUAAUCAAGACAAGAGGUAUGAAAACUCAAAGGGCUGCUAAUCCAAAAGACAUAUUCAAGUGUUGUAAUUCUUAUUGUAAUAAAAUUUUACAAUAACUACAAGUAAUUUGAUGCCUUUGAGUGAUCAGAGUUGUCUCUGAAAUUGUUUUUUUUUUUUUUAAUUAUUACUUAAGAGUUUCUUUUAACACAUCAAGUUGUGUUAAUUUCUAUAGUAAAGUGAAUGAGGGUAAAUAUUUUUGAGUCAAAUGUUCGUCAGAUGAGAGUCACGGCUAAUUAAAUCGUAUGAAAGAGUAUGACAAUCUUGCCUUAUAGAUUAUAACAUCAAUACUUGAUGUCAAUUGCAACUUACUAUUUGCCACGCUAGAUGGCGUUGAUGUAAAUACGGUUAUUUGUCUAGCCGUUUUGUAAACUGUCGAAUCUGUUUUCUGGCAUCUAAUGACUGGCUUUGAAUGUCUCAAGUCUGACCACAGACGCUAAUGUGAUUGAUAAAUAUUUAACAUAUUUAUGUUUAGGUGGUUAAUUUAUUGUUUCACGUUCCCUAUAUUUUUUUGAAAAUAAUAAUUAGACUAUAAAUAGA